AUGGGUGUUUACAGUCGCGUUGCUCCGUACUCCGUACCUGCCUGGGAGCAGGCUGAGAAUUACAAGUAUCUCGUGCCUUCAGUUCGCGCGCGGAUCUUCAACGGCGUCCAAUGCGCUGAGUGGACGAACGGAGGUAUGCGCGGUGCGGCGACGGUACCGCAACCGCCGCCGGUGCCGACGCCGGCGUCCCAGUGCGUGACAGCGCAGCCGGGUUACUAUGUUUUACACGGCAAUGGCAUCCAGGGUGGCAACGACGGCACCGGUGGUAUCAUCGGUACAGUGGCGCACGUCGGCGACGGUAAUCCUAACGGCAAUUCCUCGGUGACGCGUUACGGUCGUUUCACGCCGCCCGUCUCGCAUCUGACGGACCUGAGCGGUCCGCCGGAUCACCAGCAACAGCAACAUCAACAUGCUCUAACCUUGUCAUCGUCCGCGGGCUAUCAUCAUCCGCAAAACCAGGCCGCGGUAGAGUACACCGAGCUCACCCACAUGAUGUUCAAGAAUCCGGAGGGAACGCGGUAUCACCAUCACCCCCAUUUACAUCAUCCCCAGGAUCAUCAUCCGGAUACUAAGAUCAUACGGGAAUUUCAGCUGGAGUAUGACCGGCAACUCCACUCGGCGGACAACUCGUCCGAGUUCCUGUCGGAUUACAGUAGGGACCAGGAACAGCAGAGUCUCUGCCUGACACCUUCGUCGCAGAGCGUCUAUUCACCCAGUGGCGCCGACGAGAUGGGUGCCCCAAGCUCCGUUCAGUCGGUACACGGCCAAACGGGGGGCUCGUAUCAUCAUGUGGACGUUACAGAGUACAAAUCGGACGUGAUCGAGGAAGGGAUGGUCGAUCACGUCGCGAGAUACGGCUGUGAACAGGCCGCGGAGCUCGGCCACGUGACCGAACCGUCGUCGUCGACGACGACGAAAGGCUACGGAGACAGAGAGGGGGGCGGCAGCAGGAUGACUGUCAGGAGGAAGAGGCGGCACAGUGGUAACAACAACAGCAACAGCAACAACAGCGGUUGCUGCAACAGCAACGAGUCCGACUGCGAGGCCACGGCGGCCUCGACGACACGGACGAAGAUACGCCGCAAGAACGACCAAGAGAUUCAGAAUCAAAGGACGAUGGCGAACGUCCGUGAACGUCAGCGAACGCAGAGCUUGAACGAAGCGUUCUCCGCGCUCAGGAAAAUUAUCCCGACUCUACCGAGUGACAAGCUCAGCAAGAUCCAAACGCUCAAGCUCGCCGCUAGAUACAUCGACUUCCUGUUCCACGUGCUCAAAACUAACACCGAAAACGCCGAGUGCGGCGAGAACGCAGUAGAGAAGAGCGCCCGGAGUGCGAUUUUGGCUGCGAAGGAAAUCGCGACGUCGCCGAGUAAUUACAUGGCACACGAGAGGCUGUCGUAUGCGUUUAGCGUCUGGAGAAUGGAAGGCGAUUGGAACUCUACUACGUAGGCUAUAGACUAUAAGGCUAAGAUAAUUACAAUUAAAAAUUUAGCGAGGU